GUUUUGGCGACGGAUCACGGAGUCGGUGGUCAACUUGUUCGCAGCUGUGAAGCGACCACUGAGAAACGCCUCUUCUCUGCGUGGUGGUCACGCUUCUUUCUUCCUCUGUUUCACUAUAUAUUUAUAAACAGCUAAACGAGCAUUGCUUGACUUCUUCGCUGAUUCUAAGCAAGAUGUGUGGUGGAUCCAUCAUAUCCGAUUACAUCCCUCUCCAGACUAACCAGCACCGCCGCCGCCAUGACCACGACCGCCUCCUCUCCGCAUCCGACCUCUGGCCGGAGUCCUCGGCUGCACCCACCGCCCAGGACAAAGUGCCUCGCAAGCGGGAGCGGAAGAAUCCGUACAGAGGAAUCCGGCAGCGGCCGUGGGGGAAGUGGGCGGCGGAGAUCCGUGACCCGGUGAAGGGCGUCCGCGUCUGGCUCGGCACCUUCGCCACCGCCGAGGAGGCCGCCCGCGCCUACGACCGCGAGGCCCUCCGCAUUCGCGGCAAGAAGGCCAAGGUCAACUUCCCCAACGAGGCGGAGCCGGAGAAACUCGAGCAGCGGCAGCAGCCCGUCAAGGUGGGAAAAGAGACCGCCAUUGCCCCUCCCGGCGACGCCGACUCCAACGGCGAGGUCAGGAGGCUUUCGGAGGAGCUCAUGGCCUACGAGUCGUACAUGAGCUUUUUCGGAAUUCCUUACAUGGACGGCGGAGCGGAAACGAUGACGGCGACUGUGGCGUCGCCGGAUGAUGAGGCAGUGGCGCAGAACGGAGAGGAGGCGUGUAAUCCGGCGGUGGCUUCCGGCUCUUCCGACGAGCUUUGGAGUUUCGACGACAUUCUGCAAACUUAAUUAGAUAAUUUCUUGCAUUAAGCUCUUCAAUUAUCAUCCUGUUAGGAACUGACCGACGCUGAAUGUUUGUAAUCAUGUGCAUAGCCAAAUUUUGAAGGUCUUCAAAUAGUUUGUAGUUGUAGAUUCAUAAGGUUAAUGUUUAUGUAUUCAUUAUUUACCUCUAUAAUUUGGGCACGGAAUGUGAGGUGGAGUAUGUAUAAUUAUUUUUUAUUAUCAUGUUUAUGUAUUAAUUUUUAUUAUAAAAUCAUUUAAUAUAUCAUUUUUUUAAUUAAA